AUGGACGUGGUUUACACUGCAGUCUGCGGCAACUACGACUCCAUCAACAUCUCAGUUCAUGCUCGCUCACCACCAAAGAGGCCAUCAGCACCACAGUUCACGGUCUUUAGAGAGCCAGACGGCGUUGUUUGUUUUAAAUGUGUUUCUGAGGGAAACCCUAGACCAACAAUUCUGUGGUACAAUGAUAACAGCCGUAUAAGUGAAGGUCCAGAGGAUGAAAGAGGGACGAAGAACCAGACAAGAAGCAAACUCAAGUGUGAGACUGACACUAAAUCGAACAUAAAGUGCUGUGCCCAAAACUCAGAGGGAGAGGAAUGUUCUCAGUCUUAUAAUUACGAACUUGGAAAGUCCAUGCAGGACAAAGAGGCCUCACAAAUUCAUCUGACUUCCGGUCACUCCCUCUUGCUUCGAUGUAAACAAGAUACCCGUUCUCAACUAAUGUGGUACUUCAACAACACAAAGCUUGCUGGGAUAACUAUGCCUUAUUUUGGCACAAGGAUGCAGUUUUAUAACGUCGAAUCUGUCAGUCUGAAACAUAGCGGGCAAUACUAUUGCAUGAGCGAGGAUGGUAAAGAGAAAAAGACUACACAGGUUCAGGUUCUGGAACAGGACCUGAUAGAAGUGCUAAAGCUGGACAGUGAUGUCAGAAUCCUUUACAAUGAAAAAGCUGAUUUCUGCUUUAAAGCUCAGGUUCUCUCUCACCCCAAAGCACAGUGUCACUGGAUUACGUCGAAUGGCACUAAAGUGCAGUGCGUUGAAACUCAGUACCACUGGGGUAACAGCACCUUUGAGCUGUGUAAACCAGAGCCGGGUCAAUAUCAGAUCCAACUCAGGACUGGUGCUACCACCACCACGAGGAAUAUGUCCCUCUGUGUGACAGAUAUUCCUAAAUUCGAGCAGGUCCAAAACAUGACCCACAUCACCUGUAUGACCAGCAGCACCUUUCCUCUGAACAUCUCCUGGAUGACCGGUCCAUCAGAUGCUAACUUAAAGGACAGCGCGAUGUGGCAAGAAACAAAUCAGGAUUUCCAACAUUUCCUGGAUCCUGAACGUUUCUGCCAGAGGAACGUGAUCGUCUCUCGGCCUUUAGGAGAUCUUCACGACCACUUUGUGAAAUGCUGCGUCCAAAACGACGCUGGCAACUUCUGCAGCGAGCAAAUCCACAUCAAAAUUGCCUCAGCGUACUCCAUGGUCCUGGUGGUGGCGUGCUGUGUCCUUGGCCUUGCCUUUGUGCUGGUCAGCUUUGCCCUGGUUAUUAUCGCCCGCAAGAAGAAACCAGGUUAUGAAAGACAGCUGCAGAUGAUUCAGAUGUUGGGACCCUCUGACAAUGACUACACUUAUAUUGACUUCAGGGAUUUUAAAUACGAACAGAAAUGGGAGUUUCCUCGUGAGAAUUUGGAAAUGGGACAAGAACUAGGCGCUGGGGCUUUUGGCAAGGUAGUGCAGGCCACAGCGUACGGGAUUACCAAACCUGGAGUGUCUCUGCAAGUUGCUGUGAAAAUGCUUAAAGAAAAGCACCAAGCAGUAGAGAAAGAAGCCUUGAUGUCAGAACUGAAGAUGCUCACUCAUAUUGGACACAAUAUCAACAUCGUGAACCUGCUGGGAGCUUGCACCGGCACAGGUCCCGUUUAUCUGAUCUUUCAAUUCUGCCAUUAUGGAGACCUACUAAACUACCUAAAGAGCAACCGGGAGCAUUUCUACAAGUCCUUAACAGACGCCUUCAACAAGGAUCGAUUCAGCAGCCUGUACCAGAACUGUCAGAGGAAGAGAAACUCCAGGUUCUACAGCAAGCUUUUUCAGUCUGAUGACCACUCGUAUGUGCCUAUGUUUCUAGCAAAUAAGGAACAGGAGGCACUUCUCAGCUUCACGACUUCAGACGUUACUGAAGAAAUAUUGGAAGAUAAGGAAGAGGAGGACCUGCAGACUAUUACCUAUGAUGACCUCCUGAGCUUCUCCUACCAAGUUGCUAAGGGCAUGGACUUCCUUUCCUCCAAAAAUUGCAUCCAUCGUGACCUGGCAGCCAGAAAUGUCUUGGUAACACAGGGCAGGCUGAUCAAAAUCGGCGACUUUGGUUUGGCUCGAGAUAUUGAAAAUGACUCCAACUAUGUGGUGAGAGGAAAUGCACGUUUACCAGUGAAAUGGAUGGCUCCGGAGAGUAUUUUUAAAGGAAUGUACACCAUGAAGAGUGACGUCUGGGCCUACGGCAUCCUGCUCUGGGAAAUCUUUUCUUUGGGUGUAACCCCAUAUCCUGGCAUGAAAGUGGAUAACACCUUCUAUGCCAUGAUUGAGAGAGGGUUUAAGAUGGAGCAGCCCUACUACGCCCCUGAGUCAGUGUACCAGGUGAUGUGCCGCUGUUGGGCUCUGGAGCCAAAAGACAGACCCUGUUUUUCGAAGCUUGUAUCCUUCAUGGAGUACCAGCUGACUGAUGUUGAACAACAGCUCUACUGUAAUGUUGCAGUACAACAAAAUGGUGACUCCAUUUACAAGAAUGCUUCAGUGAUUUCACAAAUGGCUGAAACAGGACAAGAAGAUGCAGCAGAAGCAGCAGAAAAAGAUCAGACGUCACUGCCAGAUUCAUCCAGCAACUCUGAAACAACACAGACCCAAAGUGAGGAAACGGUUCAGUGAAAAGUCCAUUAUACACCGUCAUCCUCUUUAUACACACCACUCAAUCAACCAAGAUAUUUUGGUGUCUGAUCUUUGUGGUUUUAUUCUGGGGUUUUUUUCUUCUGCUAUUUCUAUUGAGCAGCCUCAGACCACAGCCAGUUCUGGCACACAGACUUGUUGACUCAAACUGGCUUUGCAUCUAUAAAUAUGCACAAAAUGUCUCAAUCUGAACAGGGUGAUGGUUUGGGUGCAGGCAUCAGACAAACCCAUUUUCUAGCACCUCAUGACCCGAACGCCACCCACCUGCCACCCCUGAACUGGUGACUGACUGACUGCAUUUAGGGCAUAAGAGGAAUUUUGUAUACUUGAUUUUUGUUGAACUGUCUCCCUAGGGCUGGAAUA